GCCCUCUUUUCUCUUUCCUACUCAUUCUAACUACUUGUUUUCACGAAGUACCUCCAGACAAAGCCUCUGUUUGCGAUAACUUAGACUGAUGACUUUGAUACGUCAAGUGGGUCUUAUUCCUGCUGGGUGUCAACCAUGGAAUCUCAAUGUUGUCGACGCAAGUGGUUCAAGAUUCGCAUAUGCCGCUACUCUCGCAAUUUAUAUUUAUGAGUGGAAUCCAGACAGCCACCAAUUUUAUCUGCAUUCCAUCAUGUCAGAGCAUAAAAAAACUAUUUCAGCAAUAGCGUGGCAUUUAAAAGAUAAGGAUAUACUUGCAAGUAGCAGUACGGAUUUCAAAAUUUGCAUUUGGCAUGUUGCAAAACAUAAAUUGCUAGCAUCAUUAAACACUCCUCAUGCUGCACCGACCUUGAUGUCAUGGUUCACUUCUGAUGAAGAUUGUGUUGCUUAUACUGAUGGAAAAGGUCCUAUUUAUUUAUGGAAAUACAUGGAAAAAAAUGGCCGAGAUGGGCCAGUAUCUCAUCCGUUGAAAGAAAUCUCAACAGUUUCUUCUAAUAUUACUCAAAUGAGUUGGCAUCCUUCUACUCCAGGAAGAUUUGCCCUUGGACAUGCUGAUGGAACUAUAUCGUUAUAUAUUCAAGGAAAAAUGCCUCAAAAACACGUACGGAUUUCGGGAUCGGAUUCGAGCUCAUUAAGUGAUGGAAAUUCUAUUUCUUGGCUUUUAUGGGAUCCGUUCUCCCAAAACUAUUUACUAAUAUGUACUGCAAGUGGUCGACUGCAACUUGUUGACGCAUCGACUGAAAUAGCUACUAUAGUCACAACAUACAGCCUUCCCAGUAAAGCAGUUUCUAUCAAAUGCGUUGCUUGGCUUACAGAGGCACCCGGAGCUUUUGUAACUGGUGAUUCGGAGGCUGGAGUACUUAGAAUUUGGAUUGUAUCUAAAGAAAAGCCAGAGGAAAGUUUACGCUUGAAGCAAGUUGGCUUCAAAGCAGUUUGCGUUCUUCCUUCGGAAAGCGUCACAACAACAAAAGAAGUUAAAGGCAAAGUGAAAUUUUCUUCAAGGGUAAUUUGCUUGUUUUUUGAUGGUGGCGUUGGUGUCUACAAUCUCAGAAACUCUUCAUGGGACUUUCUACGAAAUAUGGGACAUCUAGAAACAAUAUUCGACUGCCAAUUCAAGCCUGAUAAUUGUGAUCUGCUAGCAACAGCCAGCUUUGACGGUACAGUUAAAGUCUGGAAUGUUAAUUCAAUGGAAGCUGUUGACUCUUCACAUGGUGAUGCCAGCAUAAUCUAUUCUUUAUCGUGGGCACCAGGAGAUAUGGACUGUCUGGCUGCUGCUACGUCAAAAAGCGGUAUAUUUAUAUGGAAUCUUAAAAAAGGGAGAAUACGAAAACUUGAGGAUGUGAGUGACAUUUUUUACCUUUUGUAUGCGAUGCAUUUUUCUGCAUUUAUAUCUUGUACACAUUUAGAAUUUAAAUGUUCAAAAAUAAAAUUUUAUAAAACAUUAUGCUAUUAAAUGCAUUAUUUUCUGUC